UAGAAAAUGUAUAGCGCACAGCCACAGGCACUCAUGCUGCAAAUAGGCAACCAGCGUUAUAGCCUAACCUAAUGCAAAGAAUUCAGCUUGGAUAUCCACAUGUGCGAUGAAGAACAAAAGUGGUUGCAACAAGGGGGUUAAAAAACAACAAGAUAAGGACUUGAGCAAGAAUAUUUUGUAAAAUAAAUAUUGGAAGUAAUUCAGGUGUUUCUAUCAAACCAUUGGAAAAGGUUUUGGAACCAUGUACGGUGCCUUUUCUUUCCCAAUGACUGCGGAGCGCAGUCGGAAUAAGGAGCGUAUGGAGGCCAGUCUGGCCGGACUCUGUGAGCUGGAGCUCCGCAAGCAGAGGCAGGAGUGCCUGGUCCUCGGUGCUCUGGCCCUGGGGGAGCCCAUGCCCGAAAAUUACACAAGGAACGAGCUAUCGGGUUUCAGCAGCUGGGAGCAAGAAAACUUGACAUUGAGACGUCAUCUGAGUGCGCUCCAGAGCUCCCCCUGGGGGCUGAUGCUGGCACUGGAACAGCAGGUGGGCGAGCUGAGAGUGGACACAGAUGAUGUCACCUAUGAGGGGACCCAAGGGGACAUGGGGGACAGUCGACCCAGCUCAGGGUUCUAUGAGUCGAGUGAGAGCCAGUCUCCAAAGGGGCAUUCCUGUCGCCCUGACUCCCUAGAGUCCCACCCUGGCUGGGGCUUCAGCAGCACAGAGAGGCCCAAGUCUCUGGGAUAUGCCCUCCAGCUGACAGGUGAGAGUCUGAUGGAGCCAGCCCCUCAUGCCACUGUUCCCCUCUCCUUCUCCGCCCCCUACCCACACCUUGAGGGAAUCGCCGAGGAGGGUACGGCCGAGGAGCCCUGGCAGUGGGACCUACACUCUGCCCAGGGUUGGGAGGAUGAGGACCAGGCCACUCAGGAGGAUUUCCAGCAGGCCAUGAGGGUUAAAGGCUACAUCCUGGGUCUCAUCCAUCGCUACGCGCUCUCACCCCGGCUCUGCAUGCCUCGUACCAGCCUGGGGCCUGACCCCUCCACACCCUACUCCUCCAGCAUCAACAGGCAGAGCAGCCUGCGAAAGAAACACACUCUUCACACCUCCGAGCUCUGCAUCUCUGACCCACAGGACCUCUACCCUGACCCUGAGUGCCAGGCCUGGCGGUGUGCCUCGCUAGACAGGGAGGAAUGGGGGGGAGAGGCCCCAUCCAUGGAGAAGGACUGUUAUCGGUCUUUACCCUACCCCCACUUCAGAUCCCACUCCCUGGCCGGGGGCCAUCCACCCUCCCUGGACCCCACUUGUGGAGCUCUGGACCCUUGUUUUAGUAGUGCGUCUGAUUCCCCCAAGCACUACCCGCUGCCCCACUCCCCGGCUUCAUAUAACCACUUGGUCAGUGCCCAGUACAUCCCUGGGCAGGCCUGCCACACCCCUGUACGCUCCCCCUCACACUUUCCUCCAGAACGCUCCCCCUCACACUAUCUCCUAGAGCCCUCCAAGCCCAGCCGAACCUUUGUGUCCCCAGACCAGAGCAGCUCAAAGCCCAGGGCCAUGGGGAAGAAAAGCCAUGAGGAGAGACAGAGCUUCAAGAAGCCUGGCCACAAGACCUGCCGCUCCCAGUCUGAGAACAGUCUGAUGGGGCAGAGGGCUCUCCCUAAGCGCAGGAACAGCACAGCUGAGCACCCCCAGCACCAGAGGGGCCAGGUCCCAUAUGCAGGCCCCCAGCACAGGAACACCGCUGGGGGGCGACGCUGGUGCUCCACCCUGGAGCUCAGCCAAGAGGAAGGGGAGACCCAGGGUGAACAGGCCCACAGACGCCCACCUCGUAGGGCCCGCCACACCCAGGCCUGCUCUCAUCCCAAUCCCAACUACCACUCCCAGGUCCAUGCCCAGCCUUGCCUCUCAGAAUACCCAGAGAGAGCACCUCUGUGUCGGGGAGAGGAGGGCUAUGUGCGGGCUGCCCCUGGGGAGUCAGAGUCCAGCAUGAGUGAGGUGUACUCCCCUGCCUCCAGCUCUCUCUCCAGUGAUUCUGAUGAGGGGGGGCUGGUGUGGCCCCAGCUGCUGCCCCCUCGCCUGGCCCCCUCGGCUUCCUCCACUUCCUCCUCCCCUAAGGCCUCCCCAGAGGCUUCCUCGCAGCCCAAGGCCUUUGUCAAAAUCAAAGCCUCUCACGCCCUGAAGAAGAAGAUUCUGCGAUUCCGCGCCGGCUCUCUCAAAGUCAUGACCACAGUCUGAAAAUAUGUCACUGCUUCUACUGCCCAUAUCCUGCACAGUCUGAUGGUUCAUCCUACAUCACCUACAGUUUACACCCUCUGUCUACCUCCUCUACCGCUGGUUCAUGCAGCACUGUCAUAAAAUCAGAAGCUAUUUUACCUUCAGGAAAAACGAAGAUGUCUGUAACUGGCCUAAGAUCAGCAUCAUGAUAUCAUCUAGCUAAACCACAUUUCACCGUCAUCAGAAUGUGCAUUAACCAUGAACUUGUCUAAUGAAGUCAUCCUCUGAUGGUAACACUGCCAUGUCACAUAUGGACACCUGAAAGUGAACUGCUACCUCGCUUCUCUUAGCUGCACCACCUUGCAGCCUGGACCUGAAGCCAAUGUCUGUAGCACUGGCCAUGUAGGGGGCGACUGCAGUGAGGGGUCAUCACACACACACACACACACACACACACACACACACACACACACACACACACACACACACACACACACACACACACACACACACACACACACACACACACACCUGUAAAUACCUACCUGUGGCCUUGUUUGUAUGAAUGUAGUUUGUAAAUAAAGAUGUUGUGGUCUCUUAAGCCACGUGUUUCAUUUUACACUUUCUAAUAUUCAACCUGGAAUGGUGGACUCAUGUAUGCCUACUGGAUAUUUCUCACACAAAAAUAGUUAUUUUCAAGUCAGAUAUUUUUCAGAGCUGAUCUGAUUGGUCAAAAGAUCAAUUAGUGAAAAAAAGAUCAGAAUUGAGCUGCCUAUGUGGUCAUAGCCUCUCUGGCAGCUUAAACUGCUUUCAGUGUGCUACGUUGUAUAACAGAAAGUGUACAUCAAUGUCGCCCCCCUGGGGUGUAUCAGUAAAACUGCCUUAAACUUA